AGAACGUGACAGUCCAGAGCUAUGAGAGACCACCACACAGAACACAACAGAUUAAUUAGAACAGGUUUGAGUAGUAGUGGUAGUAACCAGAGCAGACAGGGACCGGAGACGGCAGACAGGAACCAGAGACGGAAGACAGUAUCUGGAAAAAUGGCUUACUGUGGGUCAGCAACCCUCCUCCUGCCUCCAGUCAAGAGUGUGAUGGUCUACAGGAACGGGGACCCCUUCUACUCCGGCAGGAGGUUUGUGGUCAACCAUCGACAGGUGUCCACCAUGGAGGCGUUUCUCAAUGACGUGACCCACUGCAUUCAGGCUCCGCUGGCCGUGAGGACCCUGUACACCCCCCGGCAGGGUCACCGGGUCAGGGAGCUGCAUGACCUCCAGACCGGGGCCCAGUACGUGGCCGCAGGCUUCGAGAGGUUCAAGAAGCUUGAUUAUUUGAACACAGGGCUGAAGAAGCAGCCUGUACCCAUGGGAGAAGGAGCUCGGGCAAGAUUACUUCACAGACCGAAUGUGUCAGCAAAAUGGAGAAAGUAUAUUCCUCUACCCUGUAUCAUACAUGUUUUCCGCAACGAAGAUCUUCGCUGCUCGCCAUUCCGUUUCAUAAUUCCCAGGACCUGGCAGCACGACCUGGAUCAGAUCCUUGGUCUAGUCACAGAGAAGGCCAGUUUACGCACUGGAGCAGUGCGCAGGUUGUGCACUCUAGAGGGAGUAACUGUGUCCAGUGCAGACGAGCUGGUGAGUGGCCAGUUCUAUGUGGCUGUGGGAGCAGAGAGGUUCAAGAAGCUUCCCUACGUGGAACUGUUGGUUCCUAAAGCCUCUGAGAGAAAUUACCCUGGAAAUAGAAGACUGUCAAGGAGAUAUAAGGGCAGGAAGGCAGCCAGUGGCCCUGAGGACAGUUACAGUGACUCUGCUCUCCUGGACUCUCCAGAGUCGGAUGGGCGGAGGGUGAAGUCCACUGGGGAUGAGGUGGGGGAGACGGCUCUCCCAUCCAUCCAGAGGAGACCAGUGAAGGAGGAGAGCUCUAUCUUCUACGCCAAACCAGUGAAAGUCCGAGUGAGGAACAGAGGCCAUCCCAGGCCUCCACUAAGGACUGGACCAGCCCAGGCCAGUGUGUUUAGAGCUGUACAGAAGAAGAGAGAGGAGGUGCAGGGGGCUGAGGAGGUGCUGGAGGAUGAGAACACAGCAGUAGAUGUUCCCGUUGACCAGAGAGUAGCAGAGACAGUAGAGGACGAGGACCUUAUUGGGAGAAAUCCUCCUCAUUACAACAGCCAAGAUCAGAUUUUGACCAAGUCUACAAAAGAUCCCCUUCCUCACCCAGAACACCCAGACAAGUUGGAAUCAUCGACUGAGAAAGACAGGAACUCACCUGAAAAUACCAGCUCUUCCAUCUGCAAAGAGGAUGACAUUGAUGGGAGCCCUACGCUUGAUACAGAAAUGCCACAGGCCAACACAUCCCUGGGGCUCUAUGAAAUGAACUCUACCGCAGGUCCAUCUGUCCACAAAAAAGAAGACGCUGCCUUAGAGAGUUGUGUGUCUGCUACUGAUACACCAGAGGAGCCGAAGACGGAGCCAAAGCCAACCACUCCACACUCAAGGGCUUCUUCGUCAUCAACAUCCUCCGCAUCUCAAAGUUCUCCGACAAGCGGGGGUAUCCAGGGAAACCGUUCAAGUAUUUGAUCAGGCUCGAUUGAAUAGGUGAAUUUAAACAGGGGCGCAAGUUUGGUUUUAGAAGUGGGGGAGGGGACAAAUUAUUAUUAUUUUUUUUAUCCAGUCGGAAAAACACUCCAAACAGCCGACCCGACCGCUCGGAGGCAUCCGCAUGGUCCUAAAGCACACCGCUGCAGGUGAAAGUUGCGCCCCUGGAUUUAAAUGAUCAUCCUAGAGUGGUACUUUGACCCCUAAUAAGCUUCUUUUUUUUUUAAACCUCCAACCUCCAACUUCGGUCUGGAUGUGUCAAUUUUAGUUCAUACAUGCAUAAUCUAUGAGCAGAAUUACUCUCAAUGUGCCACAAAAUCCCUAGUUUGAAAGCGACAGUUUUCUGGAAGCUGUGCAGCACCAUUUGACCUACAUUUACCCCCGUGUGGGCCAGCACCCUAGCAAUUAGAGUUUCAACCAAUGAGCUUCAGCCCAUAACCAUUUGAGUGACAGCUAGCAAGACGCACACAUACACAGCGUGCACAUAUCUUCAGGUGAUGUAGUACGCCAUUUUCGGGGACCACUUUUUGGCUCGUGGGCGCAACUUUCAGAACUACUGGCUAAAAAGUAUACAAAAGCACCAGAGAAUCUCAUUAAAAGAAAAUAUAUUUUGGCCCGGUCUGAUUGUUUUUCUCUUUUAAGGGAGUCCUCAUACCCUCCACCAAACACCGUAAUGAAGCAGUCCAGUCCCUCCACCAGACACCGUAAUGAAGCAGUCCUCAUACCCUCCACCAGACUCCGUAAUGAAGCAGUCCUCAUACAUUCCACCAGACACCGUAAUGAAGCAGUCCAGUCCCUCCACCAGACACCGUAAUGAAGCAGUCCUCAUACCCUCCAGAAGACACCGUGAUGAAGCAGUCCUCAUAACCUCCACCAGACACCGUAAUGAAGCAGUCCGGACCCUCCAGAAGACACCGUAAUGAAGCAGUCCUCAUACCCUCCAGAAGACACCGUGAUGAAGCAGUCCUCAUAACCUCCACCAGACACCGUAAUGAAGCAGUCCGGACCCUCCAGAAGACACCGUAAUGAAGCAGUCCUCAUACCCUCCACCAGACACCGUAAUGAAGCAGUCCAGUCCCUCCAGAAGACACCGUGAUGAAGCAGUCCGGUCCCUCCACCAGACACCGUAAUGAAGCAGUCCUCAUACCCUCCACCAGACACCGUAAUGAAGCAGUCCUCAUACCCUCCACCAGACACCGUAAUGAAGCAGUCCGGUCCCUCCACCAGACACCGUAAUGAAGCAGUCCUCAUACCCUCCACCAGACACCGUAAUGAGGCAGUCCAGCCCCUCCACCAGACACCGUAAUGAAGCAGUCCUCAUACCCUCCACCAGACACCGCAAUGAAGCAGUCCGGUCCCUCCACCAGACACCGUAAUGAAGCAGUCCGGUCCCUCCACCAGACACCGUAAUGAAGCAGACCUCAUACCCUCCACCAGACACCGUAAUGAAGCAGUCCGGUCCCUCCACCAGACACCGUAAUGAAGCAGUCCUCAUACCCUUCACCAGACACCGUAAUGAAGCAGUCUGGUUCUCAGAAUGGGCCUGUGGCUUAUGAGGAGAGCGGAGGAGAGUAACAAGAUCAUUGUUUCUAUAAUCUACCGUCUAUUGUUUUCAUUAGUAAACUGAAAAUCCAAAAUGCAAAUGUAUUCUUUAUGAUAUUGACAUAUUUUACAGGAUAUACUGUGGUACAGUAAUCAGGUAAUCUAUGUAAUGUUUCUUUAAAAUUUAAUAUUCAUGACGCACAAUGCUUUUACUUUGAUGGAAAGCGGCAAACAUAUUGUAAACAGGAAGAAGUAUUUUUGAGACAAUAAGAGAACAAGUAGGAUAGGGUUCUGUAUUAUUCCGUUAUAGAACACAUACAAUGAAUGUAAAGUAUUCUGUUUUAUCAAAAUAUACUUUAAUAUCUAAUGGAAAUAUACAAUAUGAAAUAUUUCAUCUUACAAAAAAACUACCGCAAUGUCCUCUGUGGUUGUACAGUACAAGCAUUUGGACUCAAAUAAUUCAUAUGCUAUUAUUUCUGAAUAAAAUGUGCAAUACAACAGUAAACAGAAUACAGUUUUUCCCACAAAAUAUACACUACCAACAUAUCACUUUGCACCUAACACUUUGCAGUUUCAUAU